CUGGUGUUGAAAUUGCCGGAAUACUUGCUGCAGGCAGGCGAAAAUUCUUCAAAGGUCAGCAUGGCUCAGCAGACUUUGAGCUCGAGCAUUCAAGCGAGGAUCACAACUCAGAGCCCCGCGCAGGGACGUGUUCAGCCAAGGAGGGUCCAUGCUUUACGGCGUGCGCCCGUGGCGAAAGCUCAACGUCGUGUUCUGAGCCCGCUGUGCGCUGCUACUUCUCCCUCCUCUGGUGGAGACUACACAACAGAGCUUGCGAAUGCUGAAAAGCGAUGGGAAGACCAGAUCCGGGAUGGCCGUGUGAAGAGCAUCAGCGCUGCGGCUGCUGGAGAGCUGAAGCAGGAGGGCUGGGUGUUCUUGGACGUCCGGCCGCCCACCGAAGUCGCCAAGGCAGGAGUUGAGGGGUCCAUCGAGGUCCCCAUCUACAUUCCUGAGACAGAGUGGAGCGUUGUGAAUCUGUUGAAGCAGGCCUCCAACUUUGGGCUGGGUGGCUGGUGGCUGGGCGGCAGCCACAUGAUUCCCAACCAGCAGUUCCUUCGCGAGGUGCAGACCAAGAUCCCCAAGGAUGCCAAGGUCAUCGUCGCCUGCCAGAAGGGUCUGCGGUCACUGUCUGCUGCCGAGCAGCUCUCGCGCGCGGGCUACAGCUCGAUCGCAUGGGUGAACGGCGGCCUUGACACAGCCAAGAAGCCAGACCUGCCGGUGAAGGGUGCCGACGACCUGCGAUAUGGCGGCAUUGGAGGCCUGUCAGAGCUGCUCGGCUGGAAUGAUGUGCAGCGUGAGAAGAAUGCUGGCGCCCUUGGCGGUCCCUCUGGCCCCAUCAAGCUGGCAGCUGGAGUGCUUCUCCUGGAUGGGAUCUGGUUCGCAUAUGACUACCUCCAGGAGUUCCUCCACAAGGCCCAAUAAUGAGACCAGUCAGUGUGGGUAUAAAAAGAUGCGUGUAUUCCGUUGUGUCUGAGAAGGAGCUUUUGCGUUGUCAGCCAUCAUCAUGAGGGCAAAAUGAACAUGUUGCACAAGAGGCUUUAGAGGCUGCACAAGAGGUGCUGACGAGGUGUGCAAGAUUGCAGCAUUGUGUUUUUGUCUUGCAAAGUUUGACUGUCGUCAUGCUGUGUAUUUGUGGAAAGGCCAGAACAAAGGUGAAUAUGACAUGGUGCGUAUUUUAAUGUUCAAUUGACUCGCUUGGAAGUUGGAUCAGCACUUAAAAUGGCUAGCUUUCGCUAUUCAAGGACAUAUAUUGUACAGUGCUUGUAAUGUACACUUCCUGCAAGCACCUCUAAACCCUGGCAGAGGUCCCUAUUUGGUGAGGUCAAAAGUUACUCAUGAAACUCCAUUGUACGACCUGCUUGUUCUAACAUUUCAGAAGAAUGCACAAUUCCAGUUGAAUUCCAAGUAAGAAUGUUAUUCUUAGGCCCAUGCUUCUCAAGGCAUCUUCACUCCACUCGCAAAUUCUUCAUGUUCAAGCCAACAGGGAGACGCUGGCCCAGAGUGCCAGGAUGCCAAACUCACUGACGAAUGCUGCAGG